GCCGGGACUCGGUUCAUGGUCGUUGACCAUCACCCCGUAAACCAUCCGACAUUCUUUGUUCCUCAGACGUUACCUGAAUCGCCAGCCAGAGAAAAACAAACGAGGACUGCUGCCACGCGAUAUUCUCGAUAGCCGACUUUUCCGGCAUGCUGGAGUCUUAUAUGAAGCCGCAUGUCUGAGAUCGUUGAACGGGCACCAACACUCUAGAUCUCGACAUCACUGUCUAACAAACCCAGAUCCUUGGUUCAGUGAGCCGCAUCCGACGCUCUACAUUCUGUCAGGUCGGUUCCUUGUAAUUGGGUAGUCUUAAGUCCGUGUACUCCUAUUCUGUCUUAAGAAUCACGACUCAUAUCAUUCUUUACGCCCGCUUUACUACUGGAGAUUUGGCACCAUCUGCACUCGACAACGCCAAGGCAGUAGAGGCCAAGAGUGACGAUAUUACAGCAAUUUCGUUGCUGUACACCCAUCUCAGCGACUUAGCAGUAAUCUUACGUCGAUUGCCAGUCCUGUAUAACAGCAGACAGGCUGUCGCACAUCGAAACCAAAUACACCACCGCUGUGUGAUCUAAAUCCAACGACAAGAUGCCCAAGUCACCCUUCUCUCCGGGCUCAAGCCGUACCGCAUUCUCAUCCGUUGGUCGCAUGCCUGUCAUUGCCGAAGACGACUCCCUGCCCGCCGUCACACACCCAAACAUGGCUGCCCUCCCUCCACCACCGCCAUGCCGCAGCACGAAACCGAAAUACUACGGUCGCUCGCCAGUACCACGAGCCAUCAACUCGCAUCCGUCCUACCCUCCCCCGGCCUACUCCCGCAGCUCGUCUCGCGACAGUACCCUUAGCACUCUGAGCACGCGCAGCCUACUCAGCGCAGGCAGCUAUGGCAGCCGUCCGAGCUCGGGCACAUCCACACCCAGGCUUUCUCCCAGGAAUUCUCUCAAGGACAAGUCUCAGCUCCUUCCCAUCACUACGCCUGUAGGGCCAUCGUCGGCUGCGGAGAAGGCCAAGAAGGGGCUCUGGAUCGCUCGCCGCGGCAACAGAUACCGCAUGAUAGUUGCGCUUAUCCUUGGAAUUGGUCUGAUUGUUGGUUUGUCGGCUGGUCUGACUGUUGGAAUGCGCAGCCCAUCCCCUUCAACAACGCCAGAUACCACCAACUCUACCACCCUAUUUCCAUCUGGCUCUUUCGCCUUCAAUACGGCUCUUUUAGAGUCCAACACUGGAUGCACCGCCAACCCGUCGACGUGGCGCUGCUACCCAUACCAAAACUACUCGCAAUCCGCAAAUGACUCUCUCGCAUCCUUCUUCUGGACAAUCUCCCCGAAGAACUCCUACACCUACCAGGUCUCAUCCUCCUCCAACCCCUUCGCCCCGCAAUUCACAAACCAGACAAUGGUGCUGCUCGAAGGGAACACACUCAACGAGCGUCUCGUCUUCAACUUCUCUCUCCCAAAGACCGUGGUUCCGUCCGAGGCAAUCACCGAAGACGGACGCGCCGCGACCUGCACUUUCUCCGACACGGCCUUCCGCGCUACUCUCUGGACGAGACGCAACACGACUACGCCGCUCGGGACUGUUGCGUCUGGGGUCAACGCGACUAGCACUGACGGAAACGUCAAGUGGGGACCGUGGCCCGGCCAGGUAGAGAUCGUGCAGGUCAAGAAAGGGGGUCCGGAGUGCCAGGAUAAAGCUGGCAACGCUGUCACCGUCGCGGCGGGGAGGGAGCAGUGUAAGUGCAGAUAUGCCAACUACGACUUGACUUCGCAGCAGAAGACAAGGAGAGAUUGGCAGGCAUGAGAAAAGUCGGUACUUUUUGCAUUGAGGGUUAUAUGGGCUUCGGCGUUUGGGUUUUGGAGAUGGUG